CGCGUGCUGCCUUUGCCGUGACGUGGUGUGACGCGUGUUGUAUAUAAAGCGCGGAGCCUCCCGGUGCCAGGGACCGAGCAGCAGGAGAAGCGGGUCUAGAACCGGACACACAGCACACUCUCUGCAGAGACGGACCCGGGACCAGUUCGAUCCUCCAUCUCUCUUUACGUGUCGUUUGUAAACAGCCUCUUCAGCUCCCGUAGAACUGGACGAGCCGGAAGCGACGAAGAAAAUGAAAUACAUCAUUGGAAUUGGCGGAGUCACUAACGGUGGCAAAACCACCCUGACCAACAAGCUGAUCAAGACUUUGCCCAACUGCUGUGUUGUGCACCAGGAUGACUUUUUCAAGAAACCUGAUCAGAUAGAAGUCGGGAAGGAUGGCUUUAGACAAUGGGAUGUCAUCACAGCAAUGGAUAUGGAGGCCAUGACCAACACAGUGAAAGGAUGGAUAGAGAACCCUGUGAAGUUCGCCCGCUCUCAUGGUGUCACGCUGUAUUCCCCCUCAGUUGUGGCUGACCCAGACGACCAGAUCCACAUCCUGAUCGUGGAGGGCUUCCUGCUAUACAACUACCUGCCCCUGCUGGAUGUUUUCAACAAGUGCUAUUACAUCUCAGUUCCCUAUGAGGAAAGCAAAAGAAGGAGGAGUACAAGGCAGUACACUGUCCCCGACCCUCCCGGCCUGUUUGAUGGCCACGUCUGGCCCAUGUACCUGAAGCACAGGAAUGAGAUGGAGGACAACUGCUUGAAUAUUGAGUACCUGGAUGGAAUGAAAACCAAGGAGGAGAUCUACAACCAGGUGUAUGAAGACAUUCAGAACAACCUGCUCAAUCGUUUAUAGCAGGAAGACUCCUCUCCAUCCCUGUACAGAAUUUGUAAAUAGUCCUGAGGGUUCUUUUUUUUAAGGAUGUUUUUUUUAAUCUAAUUUUAUUAUUUGUGUAUAUAUAGCAGAGCAAUGUUAACUUAUCAUUGUCUUUUUAUCAUCUUCAGAUGAUCAAUUUUUGUUUUUCCUGGAAACAUGAUUCUACUGAUCCUCUUUUACUGUUAUCUGUAAGCACUGAUUUGUACUGGACCAUAUGUUCGCCCAUUGCAUUCUCCUACAAAUAAAUGUAUUUGUUGCUGUUUGCUGAUACAGAAAAUCAA